AGUAAGGUGGUACAGAACGGCCCUUAUGUCCCCACUGCGUGUCUCUCUUUCUCUCUCCCCCUCUUUUUCUCUCUCCCCUCUCUCUCUCUUCCUGAAUGACAAAACAAGACAACUUAAGGAGAAGUAGUCACUCGUUGCCAUCUUGACACGGAGCGAAAAGGGGCUCCUGCGGGACAAGACAGCUCCCCAGAUUCCCUCACCCCGGAGGAGUGGUGCCCCUCACCUUCCCUCCGCCACCGUCUCUGCGGGGACCCCGACCAGCCACUUAACAGACUUGAAAGAGCCGCGCUCGAGGCGACUCAGAGUUCGCUCACAGCCGGACGAAGGACGCCAACGGCCGGGUUGCGGAGAGCGAGGCUGCGGCCACCAUGGAGGUCAGCACCGCUCCGAGGAAACUUCCUCUGCUCUGGUUCAGCUUGAUGUGGGGGCUCUCAGGCAUAUGGGCCCAGAUCCAGAUGCCCCAACCCAACAUGGAUGUGAUCCAGGGUCAGAUGGUGGUUCUGAGGGCCACGUACAACGCACAGACAGGCAGCGACCUGAGCACCAACGUCGUACUCUGGAACUUUAUCACCGACAACACCCAGCAGAUCAUCACCUACGCCAAGGACUUCACGAACGUGGGCACCUCCCAGUUUCUGGGGCGUGUCGGUUUCUCCUCCAGCAUGCCAUCACGGGACGUGUCGCUGUACAUCAACAACACCCAGGAGUCCGACUCAGGACGCUACCUUUGCCAGAUCAUCUUCCCAAAUAAUCCCGGCCUCACUGCUGAGCUCAGUCUGGAUGUGAAGGUCCCUCCCGGGGUUCCCAAGUGCUCUCUGUCCGGGAAGCCAGUGUUGAAGGGGAAUGUGACUCUGAGCUGCGAAACCAGCUCCGGGAAGCCUGUUCCACUGUACAAGUGGAAGAAAACCAGUCCCAGCUCAGAGGUCUUCUUCUCACCCAUGCUCAACGAGAAGACGGGAACCCUGAAGCUGAACAACCUGAGCAGCAACAUGUCGGGGAAGUAUGUGUGCACAGCCAGCAACACCGCUGGGUCCGAGAGCUGCUUCAUCAACCUGGAGAUUGUCACCUCCACUAAUGUGGGGGUGAUUGCUGGCGCCACAGUGGGCUCAGUGGUUGCCGUCAUCCUCCUCCUCCUCCUCUGCUUCGUUUUCCUGGUGAAGAGGCGGAGAGACAACGAGGACGACAUGGCAAACGAAAUCAAGGAGGACGCUCAGGCUCCCAAGCGUGUUUCCUGGGCGAAGAGCGGCAUGGGUUCAGAUAUCAUCUCCAAGAACGGCACCCUGUCCUCCAUCGCCUCCAGCCCCCACCAUAAAGAGCCCUCCCACAACCACAACAACCACCACCACCCGCAGCAGUACCCCCAGCGCCCACCGUCUGACACCGCCUCCAUCAUCACCGCCACGGGCAGCAUGGCCGGCUACCGGCCGCCCCGCCAACACGGCGCCUCCACCCCCACCCACUAUGGCUACAACAACAACAGCACCCUCCCACGCGGACAGGCCGUCUCCUCCGAAGGCACCGCCAACGGGAGCUCCCUGUCCCGACCGGAGCGCUACACCCAGCUACCCCAGGCUCAGUUGCUGCAGCAGACCUACAGUCAGCAUCAGCUGCAGCUCCAGGGGGCUCCCGCCCCGCCCCCACUGCCCACCUCCACGGUCACAGCCUCCAACAUCGCCCGCAUGGGAGGGGUGCCCAUCAUGGUGCCUGCACAGAACCAGGCUGGAUCUCUGGUCUAAGGCCUGCCAGUUCUGGCCGAGAGUGAUGUGGAUCAAAAACAGUUGGAUUCUGUGCAGACGGCUUAGAAACUAUUUUAGCACAAUUACAGUAGAUCGAAAUAUCAAAUCCACUUAUUGGCGCUUGGUUUUGCGCAAAGAAGCUUUCGUAGCAAGACUUUCAGACACGGACUGUUUACUUGCCUUAAACAUACUUAAGUCUUUUAUAUUCUGUAUGCACCGCAUACAUUGCAAACUAUGUAUAGAUAUAAUGUUCAUAUAUACACAUUUGUCUAGUAUCCUCUUUUCUACCCUAUCAAGGCAUUUCUAUUUUAUUGGUUUGUUUUUCUUGAAAUUUUGCUUUCAAAUGACAUAUUAUAUAUACUAUUUCCAGAGAAGACAAAGACAACAACAAACUGAAUAUCUGUGUGUGUGUGUGUGUGUGUGUGUGUGUGUGUGUGUGUGUGUGUGUGUGUGUGUGUGUGCCAUGGAUGGGCAUACAGAUUAAAUAUGAGGAAGGUUGUGCAGAUCUUUACUGUAGGACGACCUAUGGAGAAAUCAUGCGUUCAAGCACAAUGUGUUGGACUUUCAGAGAAGAGAAUGUUAGUAAAGAACUGGGUGAAGUAUAUGUUGAAAUGCAUGUUUAUGCAGCAGAAGGAAAGACAAAACAACCUUAUACAUGGGAUAAAGUUUAGCAAAGUAUCCUAAUCCUUUAUUUUUUGGGCUCCACUUCUGUUGGUGUUCAGCUUAUAAAAUGCUCUUAAACGCUAUACUUUAAAUACAGAUUAGCAAAAGCUUCUUAGGAUAUUAAGAACCAUUCAGAAUUGCAGUAAGGUGACUUUGCCAAAACACUAGUCCACACUUGUAAUACUUUCAAAGUUGCCUCCAGAAUUGAAAUUGGAAAUAUGAUGAUUAAUGUGUGGCCAAAGUCCAAAGACAUGUUCUGGGGAGCAGGUUAAUCGGGGACUCUAAAUUGCCCGUAGGUGUAUGAAUGUGAGUGUGACUGGUUGUGUGUCUCUGUGUAGCCCUGCGAUUGGCUGGCGACCAAUCCAGGAUGUACCCUGUCUAUCGCCCGAAGUUGGCUGGGAUGGACUCCAGCCCCCCCGCGACCCUGUGUGCAGGAUAAGCGGUUUGCAGAUGGAUGGAUGGAUGGAUGGAUAAUUGUUGGCCAGUGCCUGUAUUUAAUACAGGUCAUAAAUUUGCCUGCAACACCAGAUUCUGAACCAAAGAUAUCCAGUAAAACGUUUCUUCUAUAGAUCAGGGGUGUCCAACUAAAUUUAGUUAAGGGGCCACUAUGACCUCAAGUGGGCCCGGCCAGUCAAACCAAAGGCGAUGAUCCAGACAUCCCUGCUUUAGAGGUAUUUCUUCAUUUGAAAGAGCAAGUCGGUGGGGAGAAACCUGUCAGCAAUGGAAGCAUAUUGAUUAGUUAUCAAAAUAGUGCCAUAGGCACGACAUUUAUAGAGUAACCUUAUAGAGUUCCCAUUUGACUGGCAUUGCAAAGUAGUAGAAACAGAAAGCUGAUAUGAGUUUCUGUGAACACUGUUGAAGGUGAUCCGCAGCCAUCCGAAGAAGAUGGAAGAGACACACUAAAGGUGAAUGUGGUGAAAAGAAAAAACGUUCUAUUCGAUCUAAUAGAAUUCAUCAUGAAACUUUCUCUGUUGAUAACUAAAUAAAACCAAUUCUUCACUCUAUAAGUCCCAGAAAAGCAUUGGUUGAAGCCAGGUUCCAAAGUUCUUGUUUCAUUUUGAAGACAUAUAAUUGAAAUGUAUAUGUGGAUAUAUAUAUAUAAAUAUAUAUAAAUGGAUAUCUCUUUGAACCCAUUCAUUAAUCAGAAAAUACUGCUAACGUCUGUAUGUCUCCAAAUGGCUGCAGACUCAAUUAUGUGAGUAUGUGUUACAGAACGUAACAUGAACCGUGAUAUUAAAUACAGUUUCCAACAAAACAAAAACAUCCUAAAGAUGUUUUCAACCUUCAUUUUUUAAAAUGUCUUUUUCUAACACACAAAUGGCCACGGAAAAAUGAUACAUACAGUAUAUAUAUAUAUAUAUGCUAAUAGCCAUAUUGCCAUUUAUACGGCUAUAUCGUCAUUACAGUGGAAUAUAAUGUUUGUGCACACCAGACUAAAUCUGAAUCAUUUGAAACUGGGUGACACCAGCUUGGCAGUAGUUGUUGCAUCAUGUUUGUAUUGUUUUUUCAUGAAUUAAAAAAACAAAGUUCAUGUGGGAAGAUGGAAUUGUGGAGGAAAUCAGUUGGAGUCUGUACACCUAAAAACAACUAACAUGUGAAAUGGUCAUUUAAGAGUGUACAUUAUGAACAUUACAAUGUAUUUAAGACACACCUUUAUUUUUAUACAGUGAUGAGGUAUAAAAGCACAUGAGCUAAAAGGAUAAACUGUCUGACUAAUGGAUGGUACUGCGGACAACCGCGUACCUAAACUGUGGUCAUUUAUGUGCAGUGUGCACUUGUAUUCUCCAUAUUUAUGUUCAUGGAAAACACUUUGUAAGACAUUUGCAAUUAAAAGAGAAAUGAUGACAUGGAA